GCUCGCCAAUCAUUCUACGAGUUUCCCCUCACUCUUUCUCUCUCCCUGUGUUCACAUGUGCACCGGACCCACAGCUUUCUCCUGAGCGGACACUGCAGGGAAAGAACCGACCGAAACCACCAUGGAAUAGGAAUACGACCCGGGAAACGGGGGAAAAUAAAACCUCUCUUAUCUUCUUCUCUCUUUUUUCCCCGUCUCUUUUUUUUCUAGCGCCUUUUUCUGUCUUUUCGCAUCUUCCCCAUCUCCCUCGAUGUCUCUCAACAGUUUCUGAAGGGAUUGAAUUAAAGAAAAAUGAGGAUUAUAAUUUUUUCUUGGCACUUUCUCGGGGUGUAUUCCACCCUUUGGGGGCUGGCGACAGGGGCUUUCCCCAGCUCAGUGCAGAUAGGUGGAUUGUUCAUUAGGAAUACUGAUCAGGAGUAUACAGCUUUUCGACUAGCUAUCUUCCUUCACAACACCAGCCCUAAUGCUACGGAAGCUCCCUUUAACCUGGUUCCACAUGUGGACAACAUAGAGACUGCCAACAGCUUUGCAGUCACCAAUGCAUUCUGUUCCCAGUAUUCAAGGGGGGUCUUCGCUAUCUUCGGCCUUUACGACAAGCGUUCAGUAAACACGCUGACAUCGUUUUGUGGGGCCCUGCACAUCAGCCUAGUGACACCCAGCUUCCCCACUGAAGGCGAGGGCCAGUUCACGCUGCAGCUUCGGCCGUCCAUCAGAGGAGCUUUGCUGUCCCUGUUGGACCACUAUGACUGGAGCCGAUUUGUCUUCCUCUACGACACAGACAGAGGUUAUGCAAUACUGCAGGCAAUUAUGGAGCGAGCGGGGCAGAACGGAUGGCAGGUGAGUGCAAUCUGUGUGGAGAGUUUCAAUGAGGCGGCGUAUCGGAGACUCUUAGAGGACCUGGAUCGACGGCAGGAGAGAAAAUAUGUCAUUGACCUGGAGCCUGAGAGACUACAGAGCAUCCUGGAACAGGCCGUCAGUGUGGGGAAACAUGUCAAAGGUUACCAUUACAUCAUAGCAAACCUGGGUUUCAAGGACAUAUCUUUGGAAAGGUUCAUGCACGGCGGGGCCAAUGUGACCGGGUUCCAGUUAGUGGACUUCAGCAAGCCUAUUGUCAUAAAACUUAUGCAGCGCUGGAACAAACUCGAUCAGCGUGAAUACCCUGGAUCUGAAAGCCCACCUAAGUAUACCUCAUCUCUGACUUAUGAUGGUGUCCUUGUAAUGGCUGAAGCCUUCCGCACCCUUCGCCGUCAAAAAAUCGAUAUCAGUCGCCGUGGCAAUGCAGGUGACUGUCUGGCCAAUCCAGCUGCUCCCUGGAACCAAGGAAUAGAUAUGGAGCGUGCGCUCAAACAGGUGCGCAUUCAGGGCCUGACUGGGAAUAUUCAGUUUGAUCACUACGGUCGGAGGGUGAAUUACACGAUGGACGUGUUUGAACUCAAGAGCAAUGGCCCGCGCAAGAUUGGUUACUGGAACGACAUAGACAAACUUGUGUUGGUCCAGAAUGAAAAUGCUCUGUCCAAUGACAGUUCGGCUAUGGAGAACCGGACUGUUGUCGUGACAACUAUCAUGGAGGGUCCUUACGUGAUGCUGAAGAAGAACUGGGAGCUUUAUGAGGGCAACGACCAGUAUGAGGGAUACUGUGUGGACCUUGCCUCUGAGAUCGCCAAACACAUCGGAAUUAAAUACAAGAUCUCCAUUGUACCAGAUGGGAAAUACGGAGCGAGGGAUCCAGAGACAAAGAUAUGGAAUGGCAUGGUUGGCGAGCUUGUGUACGGGAAAGCAGAAAUUGCUGUGGCCCCACUGACCAUCACCCUGGUGAGAGAGGAGGUGAUCGACUUCUCUAAGCCUUUCAUGUCUCUGGGAAUUUCAAUCAUGAUCAAGAAGCCUCAGAAGUCUAAACCAGGUGUUUUCUCUUUCCUGGACCCACUGGCCUACGAGAUCUGGAUGUGCAUAGUGUUCGCUUACAUUGGCGUCAGUGUUGUGCUGUUUUUGGUGAGUCGCUUCAGUCCGUAUGAGUGGCAUGCAGAGGAACCAGAGGAGGGUGCCACGGAGCAGGGCCCCACUGACCAACCUCCAAAUGAGUUUGGCAUCUUUAACUCCCUGUGGUUCUCACUGGGAGCCUUCAUGCAACAAGGCUGCGACAUCUCACCACGGUCUCUAUCUGGACGUAUUGUUGGAGGUGUGUGGUGGUUCUUUACUCUUAUCAUCAUCUCCUCUUACACAGCCAACUUGGCUGCAUUCCUCACUGUGGAGAGGAUGGUUUCACCGAUAGAGAGUGCAGAGGACUUGGCCAAACAGACAGAGAUAGCCUAUGGGACGCUGGACUCAGGCUCCACUAAAGAAUUCUUUAGGAGAUCCAAAAUAGCUGUAUACGAGAAGAUGUGGUCAUAUAUGAAAUCCGCUGAGCCAACUGUCUUCACCAAAACCACAGCAGAAGGCGUGGCAAGGGUCCGAAAGUCCAAGGGGAAGUACGCCUUCCUUCUCGAGUCCACCAUGAACGAAUACACGGAGCAGCGAAAGCCUUGUGAUACCAUGAAAGUCGGAGGCAACCUGGACUCCAAAGGAUACGGCAUUGCAACACCGAAAGGCUCACAGUUAAGAACCCCGGUAAACCUUGCAGUUUUGAAACUGAGCGAAGCAGGCGUCUUAGACAAACUGAAAAACAAAUGGUGGUAUGACAAGGGAGAGUGUGGACCCAAGGACUCUGGAAGUAAGGACAAGUCGUCCCAGGCUCUGAGCCUGUCCAACGUGGCUGGGGUCUUCUACAUCCUUGUGGGCGGCCUGGGCCUGGCAAUGCUGGUGGCCCUGGUCGAGUUCUGCUACAAGUCACGGGCCGAAGCCAAGCGCAUGAAGCUGUCUUUUUCUGAAGCCAUGCGGAACAAGGCUCGUCUGUCCAUCACAGGAAGUGUGGGGGAGAAUGGCCGCGUCCUGACGCCAGACUGCCCCAAAGCUGUGCAUGCUGGCCACGCCUCCCUCCGACACCCCGGCCUUGCAGUGGUCUCUUCUGGACUGCCCUGAAAACCAAAAAACACCUGCCGUGCCUUAACAACACACAAACAUACUAGGACUUCGACAAAGACCCAAACACACACUUACAUACAAAAAGAUCUAUAUAUAUUCUCACUCACCCGCACGUACAUGAUCAUAGCAACAGAAGCUCAAAUAUUCAGAUACAGAGAAACACAUUUUUACACGAAACACACACACACACACACCGCAUCAUCAUUUCACAUUUCCUGCUGCCACUGACUCAUUUUACAGAAGACUGAUGAAUACAACUGUGGAGCGAACGGUGUAGAAACAGAGCAAUGGACAACUAUGACGUCACACUUGCCUGCAGCAUUCUUUUCUUUUUAAUUUUCUUUCUUUUCUUUUUUUUUUUUUUGAGAGGAUGCCAAUAUCGCGAUAUCAUCGAACCAACGGGAAAGCCAGCACAGAUUUCCAUGAACAAUGAGCUGUGAACACGACCAUAAAACUGAUCAUGAUGAUGACAUUGAUAAAGAUGAUGACCACAGCCGACGAGAGGAAAAAAAAAAAAAAACAGACAACCAAACUACUUAGCUCCCGCUCUCUCUUCAUUGGACAAUAAGCCACACCCCCUUAACAGCGCCUUACUAAGACGACAAACAUUGUUUUCAUCAUAAUCAUCAUCACGGUCGUCAUCAAUUUAACUUGCCUGCGAAGAGUGCCAGCUAGUAUAACCCUUAGAAGACCAGAAAACUGUAAGCUUGAACAUUUGGACUACUCAGCCAUGGACUGCUCAAAAUGAAUGAAAAUGCUUAUUGAAUGGUUUCUCGCCCCAAACCAGCGAGUUAAUCAAUAUAGAACAGAAGUAACCUCCAAAACACAGACUACACAGGGGUUUGUAAAAGAAAAAAAAAAACGUGGUGAUUCAUGGAGCCCUUCAUCAACAGCAUCAACAUGACAGUAGAAAUUCUAAAUAGCAAAGUGAUGAGUACUUAUUUUGCCGAGUGGGUGAGGUUGAUAAAUAGAAAAAAAAAAAAGAAGAAAGAAAUACAUGGGCAGAUCUCAAAUGGCUUCCUAACAAAGUGUUUCUCAGCCUGACAACUGGGAUCUUACAGACGUUUGCAGAA